CUAACUGUCUUUCACCACCACCAUCACCAUGUUUUACGAUGAGAUGAGAACGAUCACUACUAUUACUGAUGCUCUCAACACUUCUCUUGCUACAGUUGAAGUGCUUCCCGGAACGAUAGAGCAAUGGCAAACAGAUCUUGCAAUUCCUUUCCUACUCGUUGAUGGACAUUUAGGGUUGCCUCAGAAGCUCUUAUACAAGCUUCUUCCAUGUGCUCUUUCUCUCCUCAAACAAUUUCGUCUACGAUCCUCAAGGUGCUCUCCAUCUUCCCAUGAGACCACAUCCCUGCUUGAGGCUUCUUCUAUCAUACUUCUCGCUAAUCCCGCUCAUCAGACCGCCCUGAAUCAGCGUAAACGUCUCAUCCUAGCAGCGCAUUGGUCUGUGAAGCAAGAGCUAGAUUUUUCGACCCUUCUUCUAUCUUCCAGUCGAGAGGCCUCAAAACAAUCUAUCUUAUGGGAUCACCGUCGAUGGCUUUUCCAAACCGAGUAUAUCCAUAAUCGGGAACGUCCAAGACCAAUACCUGCACCAUUGCUUGAGAAAGAACUUGGGAUUAUUCUAAGGGGGUGUGAAUCAUACCCGAGAAACUAUUAUGCUUGGGCUCAUUGGGAAUAUUGCUUGGACAACCUCUAUGAGAGCUGCGCUAUGGCAGAAGGCGAUUAUCUUCCAAUAGUCACACGUGCCUCCAAUCAGCUACUUCGAUGGAUGGAGCAUCAUCUUUCCGACUAUAGUGCUGCCCAUCAUCUCUGCAGGCUGGUACGCAGGUUUUAUGGGCUGACAAAAACUCAUGAGGAGAUGCCGGACGUUGAUCUUUCCUUUGACCAACUCUCAAAGCAGGCUAUCUCCCUAUUGAGUAGAUACGCAGACCACGAGGCUCUGUGGAUGUAUUUACGAGCCAGCUGGGCUGUUGGCGGAGAUCACUUUCACAAAGAGAAUUUAGAGGCCUCCAUUGCUUCUCUACCGACAUGUAAAUACCGCGAACAGUGUAUUUCUUGGUGUAACUUGGUCAAACAGUUUGAAUAGGAUUAGACGGCCUUUGGCAUGAGAUUAGAUUAGAUUGGCGCCACGUACAUUUUGUCAUGCGCUUUGACACAAGAAAACAUGCGCGAGAAAAGCA